GAUACUCUACCUACAGGAGAGGAAGUUUUGUUUAUGUGUCUGCUAAGAGGUUAUAUUCUUACUUUUGUUUUUCAGUUUCUCUACUCUUCCGGGAUGGACAACUUGGACAGAGACAGGAGCGACAGCGACGCAAGAUGGCAGCCACCACGGGCUCGGGAGUAAAAGUCCCUCGCAACUUUCGACUGUUGGAAGAACUGGAAGAAGGCCAGAAAGGGGUAGGAGAUGGCACAGUUAGCUGGGGUCUAGAAGAUGACGAAGACAUGACACUUACAAGAUGGACAGGGAUGAUAAUUGGGCCUCCGAGAACAAUUUAUGAAAACCGAAUAUACAGCCUUAAAAUAGAAUGUGGACCUAAAUACCCAGAAGCACACCCCUUUGUAAGAUUUGUAACAAAAAUUAAUAUUAAUGGAGUGGUGGACCCAAGAGCCAUAUCAGUGCUAACAAAAUGGCAGAAUUCAUACAGCAUCAAAGUCGUCCUGCAAGAGCUCCGGCACCUAAUGAUGUCUAAAGAAAACAUGAAACUCCCUCAGCCGCCCGAAGGACAGUGUUACAGCAAUUAAUCAA